GAAACCACCGACAGAGAAAAGAGAAGGAGAAUUGGCAAAGGGUGAGAAGUAGAGUACUCUAAAUCUAAGUGUAAUAUAUAUAAAUAUUUUGCAAAGGGGAAGAAGAAUAUAAUGUAUGGGGAUUGCCAAGUGAUGUCAAGCAAUAUGGGAGGGAAUAUGGUUUCCUCUGAAUCUAUCUUCUCUUCUCCCAUUCAAAACCCUAAUUUCAACUUCAUGUCCAAUUUCCAACAUUUUCCUUCCAUUGUUCCAAAGGAAGAAAAUGGGCUGAUGAUGAGAUCAGGGAAAGACGAUAUGGAAAGUGGGUCUGGAAGUGAACAGAUUGUUGAAGAAAACGUGGCAGGAAUUGAAAUGGAGAGCAAUGAUCAUAACAUUAUUCUUCAGCAAAAUCAGAAGAAAAAACGCUAUCAUAGGCACACUGCUCGCCAGAUCCAAGAAAUGGAAACUUUGUUUAAGGAAUGUCCACACCCAGAUGACAAGCAAAGGCUAAAACUUAGCCAAGAACUUGGCCUCAAACCUCGCCAAGUCAAAUUUUGGUUCCAAAACCGCAGAACCCAAAUGAAGGCACAACAAGACAGAGCUGACAAUGUGAUACUUAGGGCAGAGAAUGAGACCUUAAAGAAUGAGAAUUAUAGGCUGCAAAGUGCCCUAAGAAAUAUAAUAUGCCCUAGCUGUGGAGGGCAAAGCAUCUUGGGGGAGCCCAGCUUGGAUGAACAGCAGCUUCGUCUUGAGAAUGCAAGACUAAGGGAACAGUUAGAACAAGUUUGCUCCUUGACCUCAAGAUACACUGGCCGUCCAAUCCAAGGGAUGCCCUCCACAGCUCCUCUAAUGGCACCUUCGUUGGAUUUGGACAUGAACAUCUACUCAAGGCAAUACACAGAGGCCAUGGUUUCUUCCGGGGACAUGAUCAUGCCGCUUCCGUCGAUGCUCCCACCCGAGGCCGCCCACUUCCCGGAGGGCGGCCUAUUAAUCGAGGAGGAAAAAACACUCGCAAUGGACCUCGCUGUGUCGUCCAUGGCUGAACUCGUGAAGAUGUGCCGCUCGACCGAACCGCUCUGGCUCCGAGACACGGAGAGCGGCAAGGAAGUCCUAAAUGUAGAAGAGCACGCCAGGAUGUUUCCAUGGCCACUGAACCUCAAGCAACACCUCACAGAUGAAUUCACUACUGAAGCCACUCGCCACAGCGCGGUUGUCAUAAUGAAUAGCAUCACUCUCGUCGACGCUUUUCUCGAUGCAAACAAAUGGAUGGAGCUGUUCCCUUCAAUCGUGGCUAGGGCAAAAACUGUGCAAGUAAUUUCAUCGAGCGUCUCCGGGCAUGCCAGUGGCUCCCUUCAGCUGAUGUACGCAGAGCUUCAGAGUCUGUCUCCACUGAUUCCGACGAGAGAGGCCCAUUUCCUCCGGUGCUGCCAGCAGAACGCGGAGGAGGGAAGCUGGGCCGUCGUCGAUUUUCCGAUCGACAGUUUCCACGACGGCCUGCAGCACUCGUUUCCCAGAUACAGGAGAAGGCCCUCCGGCUGCAUAAUCCAAGACAUGCCCAAUGGCUAUUCCAGGGUUACAUGGGUGGAGCACGCAGAGAUAGAAGAGAAGCCGAUCCAUCAAAUAUUCAAUAACUUGGUUCAAAGUGGAAUGGCUUUUGGGGCAAAUCGGUGGUUGGCUAUUUUGCAGAGACAAUGCGAGAGAAUUGCGAGCCUCAUGGCUAGAAAUAUUUCUGACCUCGGAGUGAUUCCUUCGCCAGAAGCAAGACAGAACCUAAUGAAACUGGCACAGAGGAUGAUCAGAACUUUCUCCCUCAACAUAAGCACCUCCGGCGGCCAAUCCUGGACUGCCCUAUCUGAUUCUCCCGACGAUACCGUCCGUAUAACCACUCGCAAAAUCGUCGAGCCCGGCCAGCCCAAUGGUGUUAUUCUCAGCGCCGUCUCCACCACCUGGCUUCCUUAUCCUCCCUACCGGGUCUUCGACCUCCUCCGAGAUGAACGACGCCGAUCCCAGUUAGAGGUUCUUUCUAAUGGAAACUCGUUGCACGAGGUGGCUCACAUCGCCAAUGGAUCCCACCCGGGAAAUUGCAUCUCUCUACUUCGUAUCAAUGUGGCUAGCAACUCCUCCCAGCAUGUUGAGCUGAUGCUGCAGGAGAGUUGUACGGACCAGUCCGGCAGCCUCGUCGUCUACUCGACGAUCGACGUCGACUCGAUUCAGCUAGCCAUGAGCGGAGAAGACCCCUCUUGCAUUCCCCUCCUCCCCAUAGGAUUUUCCAUCAUCCCAGUCGUCGGGUUGACCGCCGACGGACAUCCGUUGCCACCGCCUGAUGUCGAUGGUUCUACAGCUGCAGUCGUCAACUCCGGCUGCCUCCUCACCGUCGGCCUCCAAGUUCUAGCCAGCACCAUCCCCUCGGCAAAGCUCAACCUUUCUAGCGUAACCGCAAUCAACAACCACCUCUGCAACACGGUGCACCAAAUCAACGCUGCUCUCGACAGCUCGACUCGUCUCGACAAUAGCAAUACUAUCGUCGAGGUGAAAAAUGUACCACCACUGUCGCCGCCUCCUCCACCGCCACCCAAGCAAUAAGCUUGGAGGGGUGGUGCACCUAGCAAUGGGGUUGCCAAAGCAGGAAAGCCAUCUACCAAUUACCCAAAAUCUCCCUCCCUCAUGCCACCCUUGACGUAGAUUGCAAGGGCAUUUUCGGUAACUUGAAAAGAAAGCUAGGGUUUUGAGUGGGAGAUUGUGGAUAAUUGGUAGAGAGAGACAGAGGAAGGUAAAAUUUAGUUUAAAAUGUAAUUAAAUUAAAAGUAUAGGAGUAGUUUUUGUUUUUGGAAGGGUAAAUAAGAGAGUAGGGUAAAAGUUGGUGAUGUGGAUGAUGGUGUAGGGUUGUUGUGGAAGUCAAGAACGCACCAGAUAAAACCCUUGGUCUCUGACAAGGCUGUCAGAAAGUGGGGCCUUGUCCAGUCACCAAGGGUGGUGGUUCGGGCAUUGACUUCUUCUGCUUAAUUCCGUGUCAGUUGGACGUCGUCGUUUCGCUUAUUUUUCAAAUUCUUAUUUUAAUUAUUAUGACUCUAAAUUUAAUGCUUCUUGUCUCUAUUGCUUCUU